AGACAAAAAAACAAAAAAAAAGAGAGGAAGAAAAAUAAAGGCGUAAAAUCAUUUUGGGGCCUCCGGUGCGUGCCCACGGCGCCUUAAGCCCUUGAGGUUUUGUCCUCCGUGUGUUAUCUAUUUAUCACGUACUCACGGUUAUACACUCGUUCGCUCCACGCAAUUUUCUCGAUUAAAACAACCAUUGUGAAAUUCGUAUCGGAGGAGAAAAAAAAACACGUACGAUGUCCACGUAUUCGAGAACACAGGAGAGUGACGCCUGGGCACUUCUUGCCCUCAAAUCUGCACCGGCUAGCCCUACAAAGAUGCAAUGGAAUUCUGAAUCAAAAGGUGCACCUAUCGCUAGACUAGAAGGACGGGAAUUCGAAUAUAUGGUCAGACAGAGACGAAUCAUUAUUGGUCGCAACAGCAGCAAAGGUGAAGUCGACGUCAACAUGGGACUUUCCAGUUUCAUCUCUCGCAGACAUCUCGAAAUUUUUUAUGAUCAUCCCUAUUUCUUCAUGACCUGCAAUGGCAAAAAUGGCGUUUUUGUCGAUGGUGUCUUUCAAAGAAAAGGCGCACCAGCUUUUCAGCUACCCAAAACGUGCACAUUCAGAUUUCCGAGUACGAAUAUAAGGCUGGUGUUUCAAUCUUUGGUGGACGAGCAAGAGCAACCGAGUAACGUAAGGAUUGCGUCGCCACCGAAGCAGAGAGCACCGUUGCCGCCGUUGAGAAUAAACAUACCGGACACGGGUUACAGCAGCCCAUUCCCAUCGCCAACAGGGACGAUAAGUGCGGCGAAUUCGUGUCCGGCGAGUCCACGAGCAGGACAAAGCCGACGAAACAUAUCGGCAGACUUGCAAAUGGUUGCGGCGUAUGCCGCAGCCGUAGCUCACGAUCCGCAAAAUUCAAAUAUGGAGAGAAGCGAAAGUGGACAAAGUUCGAGUUCACAGAUGAGUCCGGAGCCGGGAAUAGAGCCGCGUUAUCGUGGCAACGCGGGCGGUGGGACAGGCGGGCCAAACGGCACAGCCGCACAUUAUAGUCCACCAAAAGAUGACUCGAAACCGCCGUACUCUUAUGCUCAGCUGAUCGUUCAAGCAAUCGCAUCAGCCCAGGACAAACAGCUCACACUUUCCGGAAUUUAUUCCUACAUAACAAAAAAUUAUCCGUACUACAGAACCGCCGACAAGGGUUGGCAAAAUUCCAUAAGACACAAUCUCUCCUUAAAUCGUUAUUUUAUAAAAGUACCAAGGAGCCAAGAGGAACCGGGCAAAGGAUCAUUCUGGAGGAUAGAUCCACAAUCGGAAGCUAAAUUAAUCGAGCAAGCUUUUCGAAGGAGAAGACAGCGCGGUGUUCCCUGCUUCCGUGCUCCUUUUGGAUUAUCUUCGAGGAGCGCUCCUGCGUCACCAUCCCACGUGGGUAUAAGCGGUUUGAUGACGCCCGAGUGCCUCAGCAGAGAAGGCUCUCCUGGACCUGAAUCUUACGUCGAUAGUUCAGUAUCAUCGCCAGCUGGACAAUUGUCGAGUCAAUCAGCACCGGGUUCCCCGGGUCAUCCUUACGCUCCACCGCCUCCACCACCCACGCAUAAGGGACGUCUGAUGCAACAGAUUACGGUGGUAACUAACGGCGUGAGUGGUGAUGCGACGAGAGAAGAGAAAUAUUUGGUGCCUGGGAACGUGGUAGAGGAACAUUCGUUAUCCCCGGCUGGACAAUACAGUCCAGCUCCUGUUAUUGUACAAACAACUUAUAAUUACAGUGGAAGCUUCGUUGGCCCUGACGCUGGCGUCGGGGUGAACAAACGGGCUCACGAGGAGCCCGAUAGUUCGCCAGGUUCACCGGCGCCUCUGGCGAUCGUCGAGAGUCCUGAACCGCCGGAACAUCAGCAGCAACAGAAGCGUCAACGUGUUCACGAUGCUGACGAUCACUGAACUAUAAUUCUCUCCCUAUCCCAAUCCCACCAUUUUCCCUGUACUCCCAAUCACCCCAAUUAGCCUCUUGUACUGUAGGACAAUGUUACAUUGUAAUCUAUUCACAUUUAUCGUCAGACGAAUCGUUCGCUCUUUCUCCGCCUUUCUUUUUCAUCACUCUCCCGGUGUGUUUUUUUUCAUGUUGUUUUCAUUCGAAGAAAAAUAUCACAUUCAGAACGAAUAGUGAAAAAAGUUGGGGUGUUAAGAGAAGAAGAGAAAGAAGAAAAAAAAGUAUGGCUGCAAUUUUAUCCUCACGCGGAAACCGAUACAUUUAUCUCGAAAUUCUUUUUUUUUAUUUUUAUUUUUAUUAUUUUUUUUUUAAAUCAGAGUGAACAUUCAGUUUUAUCAUCUCUCCUGCGAUUCGAACGUUCUUUUCUUUUGCCUCUUAUCGAAUUUUUUUCGAGGAAAAAAAAAACAAAUAAGCGGUGCCAUUUGACUUUUGUCGCAAUAAUUCUUCUGCCCACCUCGCAAAUGACCAACUCGUUUAGUUUAUUCAACUGAAUGUUAGGGAUGACACGCGCUCCUUCGCGAUCGCGAGAUGGAGAAAAAAAAGACAAAUGACUGCACCCAACAUGUAUAAUGUGCACUAUAGAUACCCACGCACACGAACACACACACACACACACACACACACACACACGCGCGCGCGCGCGCACAAACACUGACGAAUAGAAUGAACGUAAAUAAAAUUAAAGUUGGAACAAAAAUGAACCCAGUAAUACACGUAGAGCCGCUAUUCUGCUGAUAUACGAGCUCUCAAAGUGUUCUUUUCUCCACUUUUUUUUUGUAUCAAAAUUAUGCCGGAUUGACUAUCGUCCCUUGAAAGUUCGAAAAAUAGGAAUAGUCGAGCCACGAGGCUGUAACACUCCGAACAAAAAAGGCCAAUCUACAAGAUACAUAUCGUACUUAUGUUGGAAAAAAUACAAACGCCUCAGAGGUCGAUAAUCAGUGUAAAGUUGAUGAAACUAAGACGCUUUCUGAUUUUAUUUUGCUUCGAUGCAAAUGUACUUUACUCGUCAUUAACGAAUCGUGUUUUUUAGUGGCUUUUCUUUCUGCUACUCGUAAAUCAAUCCGCAACAGCUUUAUCGAUUUUGAAAUUCUCUUCUGUUGAGAAAUAGUAAAAUUGUUUACUUUUUUUUUUCUUUCAGUUUACUAUUUGUUCUCCAGGUGCUCGAUUUUCUGUCUUAAGAAAAAGUAUUUACGGCUCGUUUUUCACAGCCUGACACGUGAUGUUUGAAUUUCCUUGCUACUGGAUUUUGUUCCUGCUUUAUCUACGAUUGGAAAUGUCCAUUUCCCUCAAUAUCUAAGUAUUUUUCAAUGAGCUUAACGAGUUGAAAAUUUAUAUCUCGUUACAAAGCUCACGAAUCAAUGAUUCAUGCUCUCAAAAUCGCGAUACAGUAAAUUUUCUCUUGUCCCCUCUCCCCCCUUAUUCUCCGCAAAGACCAUUCGAACAAAGUUUGAAGGAUUUUUUCUACUGUUAUUUUUUUUUGUUUUAUCUUUCUCUCCCUAGCUGGUAAUCAUGUUAAAAGUGUUAAAGUGGCGAUUAUUAUCUCAGAUUAUAUCUGUUCUGCUUGACGAUGAACCACUUUUUCUCUUCUGCAUUAUUCAAUGUUAAACUAUUAUUAUUAUUAUUAUUAUUAUUAAUAUUAUUACUAUAUACAAAAAAGCUUUUGGUAUUCAUCGAAGCGAUUAUAAAGCAAAGUAUUUUCUAUCGAACUUUUUUUUUGUAUUCCCCCCCCUCGUUUACACCCCGCCCCCACCGCCGCCCCGUCGCUUCGACGAAAACGUUAGUUUUUUCUUCAUUUAUCAAUCACGUUGAUUUUAUUGUAAAAAAAAGUUUCGUUAGAGAUUUUUCUCCAAUUUGUUCAAACGUAAAUGAAGAUCAUGUUGACCGGUUCAAUGAUUCUCCCGGAAUUUCUCAAUUCCAUUGUCACUUUACUGCCAAAUUUACUUAAGUUCGUAUUAAAAAGCUUUGUUAUGAUAUUUAUUACGAUACGAAAAGCAUUUGUAGUUGAAAACGAGAUUGUGUAAUAGAAAAAAGACGACACGAGCAACCGAAUUAUCGAUGAAUUUUAUUGGGCCACAGUGAUGAAAAACCGGAUCAGUUGAAAAUACAGUUACUUUAAUUAUAGUUUUUCGGUGAUCAUUGAAAACGUGUAAAAGAAAUGACAAAAGAAAAUCAGAGUGCCUAAUUUAGAAUGCGUUACUGUGAAUGGUGUCGUGCUUAUGGAAAAGCUUUGGAAAAUGAUUUAUUCUUGCCAAUCGCGUGAAUCUUUCAAUGAAAAUAAUAAUCCAACGGAAAUUGAUCGUUGAUAAAAAACGAGAGAUCGAAUCGUUGAUUACCGACCUGAGAAGUACUAUUGUGUCGCGUACGAUUAUCUUGGCCGGCAAAACAAUCGUUUAAAUUGUGAUUUUAUUUUCAUGGUUUAAUUGAAGAAAUAAAAACCAUGAAUAAAAAAAGAGUUGAGCGAGGGAGAUUGAGGGUAGUGAAAAAAAUAAUGCGACGAUAAUAAAAAUGAUUAUAUAUACGCGAAGCGACCUCUAUUUUUGUGACGAUUAGCGUUUAAUAAUGAUAAAAAGAAAAGCGAAGAUAACGAGAGAGAAAAAAAGCGAAUAAAUACGAAGGAGCGAGGAGAAUAAGGCAAAUUACGUUUGCGCGGUACGAGUGAUCUGAAAACGUGUAUUUCGAUUUUCCGAAUGUUUAUGAUGUGACGAAAAGAGAGAGAGAGAGAGAGAGAGAGAGAGAGAGAGAGAGAGAGAGAGAGAGAGAGAGAGAGAGAGAGAGAGAGAGAGAGAGAGAGAGAGCGAGCGAGCGAGCGAGCGAGAGCGAAGAAAAAAGCGUUUUUGUUUUCGUCGAGUCGACAUCGCAAUAUGAAAUUUGAGUGGAACUCAACGAUUGUAUGACCGUCUGUGCGAAUAUUAUUUUUUCAAUCGAACCUCCCCAAGCGAUACUCUUCGUCGAGUGAUCGAUGCUAAAUGUAGCAGAAUAUGAAAACACAAUGAAUGUGAAAAGAGAUGAAAUCGAUUGAAAAAAAUUUACACCCGCGCGUGAAUUGAUGGCUAUGGAAAAUCGCGAAUGUUCCACAUAUCUUUUUGAAAACAAACAAAUGUAUAUAUACAUAUAUUUUGAGUGGAACAAAAACAAAGCGAGAAAAAACACGACAAAUAAGUGAAUAAAAAAAAAAAAAAAAAAAACAACAAAAAAAACAACAACCACAACAAAAAGAUGGAUCAACUGAAAAUAACGAAUUUCGAAGUACAUUCGGUCAGCACAGGUGCACAAUAAAUGAAAAAUAGGACUUUAGGGGGUCGUUGGAGAUCCGUGAGCAGAUAAAGGCGGGUUGAAAAAGUGGUGGGAUAGAGACGAAAGAGGAAACCAAAUAACGAAUAUAGUGAUGAAAAACAAUGAUCGCGUUGCGAAUAGUUCACGAAAUAGGAAUUUUUUUCUUCAAUUGUUUGUUUUUUCUUUUAAAUCACAAACGACGAGCUGUAAAUUUAUCCUGCCUUUGGUUAACGAUUGUAACACGCUACGUAGGCAGGAGAAACUGACAGGAGGGGGGAUGUGGACAAAAAAUUAGCUGACAAAUAACACAUGCAAAGGUCAGUACAUAUGACGAGUGUAUCGAGUUUGACAUGAUAAUUCAUUGAAACGAAUUGAAAAACAUUGAAAAGAGAAAAAAGUAAGCAAGCAAGCUGAAGGGAAGAAACGAUAAAAAAUGAUUCUCUAACAAAUUCAUUUUUCCUACGCGGAAAGUUGACGAGUGAAUUCCGAGAGCGGUUUCUCAACAGAAUAAUAAGUGAUGAAAAUUUCAUUGUUAAUUUGAUCAACUAACGAAAGAGAGCGAUUGCUUGUUCCAAAGGCAUUCGCUCCCAGCUGUAUAUAUAUUUAAAUAAGUUUAUUUAAAUAUAUAUAUAUAUAUAUAAAUAAAUAUGUGAAAAUUAUAUUGUAUACUCGAGCGCAAGAAUUCGAAAGAACGGAAAAGCGAAAAAAAACGCAAUAUCGAAUUGAAUAGAUCACGAUUGAUAAAUGGUCAUGAGAAAACGAAGUGAACGAUGCUGAUGAAAGUUUAAAGUGUUGAAAAAAAGUGCGUGAAAUUGUAUUUAUUAUUUACUAUGCGCGAUAAAUAUGUAUAAAAAAAAGUUUUUUUUUUCCAAUUUUUUUUUUCUUUUCGAAAUUGCUUCAUUGCCCGUACCAUAGAAACGUUAUAGACACAAACAUACACAUAACACACAUAGACACAUACACAUACACACGUGAAUUCGAAACCACGAAUAUAUACGUGGAAAAAUAAAUAAAAAAAAACACACACACAUACACACACACACAAAAUAAACACACAAAUGCUAAAAAUAAAUUGAUAAUGGAGAAGAAACUAUGACGAGCGUGAGUGAGAAACAAAUAUUGUUGAUAUAAUGUUCGAGAAUGAGUGAUACACGAGCAGAGACGAGUCUCCCGCGAUAUUCGUUGCAAGAAUAAGAAAAAUAAACGUAGAUGAGAGAAGUACGAUCAAAGCUAGAUAUGUGGGCUUUCGGAAGAAUUUGGAGAAAUAUAUCGAUUCCUGACUA